AAUAAAAAUCAGGCGAGGGUGUGGUGCAUGUGGCAGGCCAGGGUGUGUGAGGUAUAACUAGCUAGCUAGCUACUAGACGACGUGUUAUGGAAAUGUACAAGUUUUCUAGAGCCUCAUCACUACCUUCAAUGAAGUCUGGACAAGAGGAUGGAUUCGUACGCACGGCUAGAGUGCCGUAUCGCGUUCUCUAUGCACUUCUAUUCACCCUCAUCAUUGUUAUAAUAGCGCUACUCCUGCCCAGCAGUGUUAGGAGGUCUCCUCAUCCUGUGUUUGGUCAAACAAAUUUCCUUAUCCAUGAUGACUAUCAAGUAUUCACUUACAACAGCACUUAUCCCCUCACUACUCCAACGUAUGCAGGAGACGUUAAGACAUUCCGAAUAGCAGUAGUUGCAGAUCAAGAUACAAACUCUAAAGUCAAAGACACCAUGUGGGUUAGUUGGCUUAAGACGGGCUCUCUGAGUCUCCAUAGAGAUGGCACCCUCUCAGUCAAGUGGGACUCUACAAUGACCAAACUGGAGACAAGAAUGGCCGAGAAGGGCCGUGGUGCUGAGCUCUCUGACCUGUGUGUCUUCAACGGGAGGCUCUACACUGUUGGAGACAGAACCGGGAUUGUGUUUGAGAUCCUUAAUGGCCGGUUGAUUCCCUGGGUCAUUCUCCAGGACGGUGACGGCCAUGUGGACAAGGGCUUCAAGGGAGAGUGGAUGACUGUCAAGGACAGGCGUCUUUAUAUAGGCAGCAUUGGGAAGGUCUGGACAUCUCAAGCUGGGGUGUACCUGAAUGACAGGCCACAGUACAUCAAAGUGAUUGGUCCGACUGGCCACGUGGAACACAGACCAUGGGCUUCAGUGUACAAUCGUAUGAGGGCUGGUGCUGGCAUAGAGGAGCCUGGCUAUAUUAUCCAUGAGUCUGCCUCCUGGAGCGAUGUUCAUCAGAAGUGGUUCUUCCUGCCUAGGAGAGCUAGCGAUAAGAGCUAUAAUGAUGUAGAUGAUGAACACAGAGCUACCAACAUUCUCAUUUCUGCUGACGAAGCUUUUUCGGAUGUUCAAUCAAGCCCAGUAUCGCUGUUAAAUGAGUACCGAGGCUACUCUUCAUUCAAGUUCCUACCCGACUCUCAAGAUAAAAUAAUAGUGGCUAUUAAGUCAGAGGAAAAUCAAGGAAAAAUCGCAUCUUAUAUUAGUGCAUUUGAUCUGUCAGGACACACCUUGUUGAGCGAGGAGAAAAUAGCAGAUGAUCUAAAAUUUGAGGGAAUCGAAUUCAUCUGACUCUCUUUAGACUAUUCUUUUUAAUAUUCUUGUAUUUAUACAAUUUUAUUAUCACUAUUAUAACAUGA